UCAAGUAAAGUGCCACUAGGCUCCAACGUUAUAAUAACUUUCUGUUGCUUAAAUAUCACAGGUAGGUAUGUAAAGGAAAUCCUCAUUUGUAAGUCGUUUUGGAUAAAAUCGUAUGUUAAAUGAAUAAAUGUAAAUGUAUAUCGUUAGAAUAUCAAAAUCCUAAUGAUUUCUACGUAUGCGUUACUGCUCGAGACCGCGCUGCUAUGACAACGCCAGUACACAAACCCGCUAUGUGAAUGCGCGCCUCCAUUUUUGGAAACUGACGUUUAUUUUAUUUACAGUGGCAUACAUAGCACUGAAAAACCUUGACACUUUGCUUCAUUGUGUGUGCAAUAAGCAAAUCAAGAUGGAAAAGAAGUGGGGCAGCAACAGAAGUGUAGAUUUGAAGAGGAUGUGCCCUCAGCAAAAGGCUCGAUACCUAGCUUAUGCUGAGCCCUCUAAAGAGAUACAAGCCUGGAUGGCAGCUUGUCACAAACGCAUCCACUCUAGACUUGCUCACGAGAGAGAGAAGGCAUGGGGGAAAAAUCCUCUUCAAGACCUGGAUUCAAAAUUGCACCAGGACACACUUAUUGGCCAAUUAAAAGCAGCCGAAGCAAGGAAUAGGAUUCGACAGAUGACGCUACACUGUCAUAACUUGAAGAUGCAGGAAAUUAACCUGAUGAUUUCAAGCCAGGUCAGCAUGCAGAGUGCUGUGCGCCUAGAGCUGCUCCUGGCAAAGGAGAAACAGAAGAAUUAUGCAGACAGCCUGGACCAGCUACAGGUGUCCAUGUUUUGGUUUGAUUAUGUUGACUAUUUAAACCCCUCGGUGACGGCACACUUCGCGCAGUAUUAUUUGGUUUACAUUUGUCAUGUCGAGGAAGUAUGACGGUAUGUGCUAACGUGUAGCAUGCUAGCGGUCGUAGCUAGAUGUCCAGAGUUUGUAUAGUCAGUAGAGACGGCGCUCCUUGUGUUUGUUUGUCUGCUAAUUAAUAAAGACUAUGACCUGCACCUGCAUCCGCCUCCAGUCCCGUUUCGUAACAGAAUACUGCGCCAAAAAUGCGGAAGCAGCAGGUAGCCAUGAGCGCCGCCGAAGAGGCCAGGAUUUGGGCGCUUUACCGUUCGUCCCUGGAGAUGAGUAAACAGCUCGAAGAGGAAAUUGCUCAGUGAAAAACCGAGCUGCGCGCUGCGUCAUCCCUCGCGCCAUGUACCCCGUCCCUGCCGCCGAAGAGCGACGCCGUGCAACGAAGCCAGCAAAGUGACCUGAGCAUCUGGGGCUUCCCACUGCAGGAGAAUUGUACAGCGCCACGCAGCCAGCAAAGUGACCUGAGCAUCUGGGGCUUCCCACUGCAGGGGAGGUACACUAUGCUGUGCAGUCCAGAGGUGAAGGCUGGCCCAGAAAUUUUUUUUGGGCGGGGCAAUGAGGACAGCAGAGCUCCAGCCUGAGGCCUACGGGGAGGUCUCAGCUGUGGAGCUCCCACCUGAGGUCAACAUGGCGACCUCAGAGGGACAGCUUGAGGCGGCUGAGGAGGCCGUCCCGCUGUCCUGCUGUCCAGCCCAGCCGAGGAGGUCGUCAUGCUGCCCUGCACAGCCGAGGAAGCUGUCCUGCUGUCCAGCCCAGCCGAGGAGGUCGUCCCGCUGCCCUGCAUAGCCGAGGAAGCUGUCCUGCUGUCCAGCCCAGCUGAGGAGGCCGUCCCGCUGCCCUGCACAGCCGAGGAAGCCGUCCUGUUACCCUGCCCGGCCGAGGAGGCUGCCCAGCUUUCCAGUGCUGCCGGGGGCGGCGCCCAGCAUCCCAGAGCUGCUGGGGGUGGUGCCCAGUGUUCCAGGGGCGGUGCCCAGUGUUUCAGUGCUGCCGGGGGCGGUGCCCAGCGUCCCAGAGCCGGUGCCCAGCGUUCCAGGGGCGGCGCCCAGUGUCCCAGUGCCGCCGGGGGUGGCGCCCUGUGUUCCAGAGCUGGCGCUCUGUGUUCCAGAGCCGCUGGGGGCGGUGCCCUGUGUUCCAGAGCCGCUGGGGGCGGCGCCCUGCGUUCCAGAGCCGCUGGGGGUGACACCCUGGGUUCCAGUGCUGCCGGGGGCGGUGCUCCGACUUUCAACCCCGGUGGGGGUGCUGCUCCACCCCUCUGCUGCCCGACGGAGGCUGCCUUGCUUUCUGUGGCAGCGAGAGACAGUUCGCACAGGGGCCUGGGACCCCCGUUAGAGGGGGGGUUCUUGGUGCUCCAGGAGGAGCACCCUUUGUAGGGGGGUUCUGUUACGCCACGGCCAGCAGAGGGCACUGCAGCACGGCCUCUGACUGGUCAUGUGACUCUUUUGUUUCUGUUUGCUUCCUGCUUGGACAUUGAUUUAAGUCUGAUCAUGUCUCUGAUUUGCCCCAGGUGUCCAUGUUUUGGUUUGAUUAUGUUGACUAUUUAAACCCCUUGGUGACUGCACACUUCGCAGUAUUAUUUGGUUUACAUUUGUCAUGUCGAGGAAGUAUGACGGUAUGUGCUAACGUGUAGCAUGCUAGCGGUCGUAGCUAGAUGUCCAGAGUUUGUAUAGUCAGUAGAGACUGCGCUCCCUGUGUUUGUUUGUCUGCUAAUUAAUAAAGACUUUGACCUGCACCUGCA